AUGUCUGUGCUCAGGGGCCUAUCAGUCAUGAGGGCCCAAAGAGCUGAGCAGCGAGGGACAACAAAAGUCGAGAACCAAGACAUGGGCGCUGACCCGAGCUGGGCUGAUUGGCUAAGCCAUGAGACAGAGAAGUUCCUUUCCUAUUUUAAGCCAUGUAUAAUAGCUCAAGAAGGUGGAGUUGCUUCGGGCUUCAAGCAUGUUGAGGCCGAAGAACAUCAGACUCGUUUGUUUGUUUGUAAAGGGAAGCAUGUUAUUCAAGUGAAAGAGGUGCCUUUUGCUCGAUCCUCUCUCAAUCAUGACGACAUCUUUAUUCUCGAUACAACAUCUAAAAUUUUCCAAUUCAAUGGUUCUAAUUCAUCCAUUCAAGAGAGAGCUAAAGCGCUAGAAGUUGUUCAGUACAUUAAAGAUACAUAUCAUGAUGGAAAAUGUGAAAUAGCAGCUAUCGAAGAUGGAAGGCUAAUGGCUGAUGCUGAGACAGGAGAGUUUUGGGGUUUCUUUGGUGGCUUUGCGCCUCUUCCGAGGAAAACAGCCGCUAAUGAACUGAAGAUAACUGAUGCUGGUCCUUCUAAGCUCUUCUGUGUGGAGAAGGGGGAGGCAUUACCAAUUGAGGCAGAUUCUUUGACGAGGGAUUUACUAGACACACAUAAAUGCUUUAUUCUCGACUGUGGUGUGGAAUUAUUUAUUUGGAUGGGCAGAAAUACUUCUCUUAAUCAAAGAAAAGCUGCAAGCAGCGCUGUUGACGAAUUACUGCGUGGUCAAGAUAGAGCCAAAUCGCAUGUAAGCCGUGUGAUUGAGGGGUUUGAGACUGUGACAUUUCGUUCUAAGUUUAAUUCAUGGCCACAAACUGUCAGUGUAACGGUGUCUGAGGAGGGUCGAGGGAAAGUUGCAGCACUUCUAAAGCGCCAAGGCUUAAAUGUGAAGGGUCUUCUCAAAGCUGAAACUCCUAAAGAAGAGACUCAAUUAUACAUAGAUUGCACAGGGGAUUUAAAGGUAUGGCGUGUGAAUGGUCAGCAGAGGACUCUUCUUUCAGGUUUCGAUCAGUCUAAAUUUUACAGUGGUGAUUGCUAUAUCUUUCAAUAUUCUUAUCCCGGAGAAGAUAAAGACGAACAUCUUAUUGGCACGUGGUUCGGGAAGCAUAGUAUUGAGGAAGAUAGGGUAGCAUCAGUAUCACAGGCAAACAAGAUGGUUGAAUCUCUGAAGUUUGUACCCACUCAGGUUUGCAUCCACGAAGGAAAUGAACCACUCCAGUUCUUUGCAAUUUUUCAGAGCUUCAUUCUCUUCAAGGGUGGACUUAGUAAGGGCUACAAAAAUCACAUUUCCGAGAAGGAACUUGAAGAUGAUACAUACUCGGAAGAUGGACUUGCGCUGUUUCGAGUUCAAGGAAGUGGACCAGAAAAUAUGCAAGCCAUUCAAGUUGAUCCUGUGGCUUCAUCGCUUAAUUCUUCCUACUGUUACAUACUACAUAGUGGGUCCACUGUCUUUAUCUGGUCAGGAAAUCUUACAUCAUCUGAAGCCCAAGAGCUCGCUGAAAGGCAGCUGGAUCUUAUAAGGCCGAACUCACAAUCUAAAUUGCAAAAAGAAGGUGCCGAGAUUGAGCAGUUUUGGGAUUUGUUAGGUGGAAAAUCCGAGUACCCAAGCCAGAAAAUUGCAAGAAAAGCUGAAAGUGAUCCUCAUCUAUUCUCCUGCACCUUAACGAAGGGAGAUCUCAAGGUGACUGAGGUUCAUAAUUUCAAUCAGGACGAUCUAAUGACAGAAGAUAUAUUCAUUCUUGACUGCCAAUCAGAUAUUUAUGUGUGGGUCGGCCAACAUGUGGAAUCGAAGAAUAAGAUGAAUGCUUUAAGUAUCGGAGAGGUAAAGUUUAACUUGAUUUCAUUUUUCAAUUAUACGUAUGUGAAAUUUGCUUCGGUAUCUUGUGAAGACCAUCUUACAUUUUGCUUAGUGAUGAGUCAACAUGCUUGA